AUGUCUGCCUUUCCUCACCCGCCUGGCCUGCUCCCCGCGGAAGUCGCAUUCCUCUGCGAAAUGGAGCAGGUGACGAUAUUACCGCGACAGCGCCUCGAACGUCUCGACUUACUGGGCGGUCCAACCCGAGCGCUCAUCCCCCCGCAGCGCACGACCCUCCCCAUCUGGCUCGCAGUCCUGUUAAAGCGCCAAAGACGCGCCAACAUCAUGCCUCCGCCGUGGAUCCUCGCAGAGAAUCUGCAAGAUAUCCUCGACACCGAAACACACAAAGACUUUCAAGAGACCUUCUCUCCCCCGCCCCCGAUUCCAUCUUUGCGCCAGACAGACUACAACGGAAAGGCGUUUUAUGCGUCUACACCUUUUGUGGAGGCGUGUACUGUGAACGCAAAUCCCACAACGCUCCCGUAUCAUUGGUUCGAACUAUCAGAGAUACUACUGGAGGCGGCGAGCGAUGAUAUUCCCGAGCCUGACAAAGUGAGGCAAUUGCUGAGAGACAUACGAGAAGUGCGGCUAGCCAAGAUGCGGAAACGUGUAAAGCAAUUGUCCGGUGACGGCGAAGGCACACGACUCGACGGCAUAGGCGCUAUGGAGAUUUCUGAAUCCAGAGGAUUCAUCACAGGUGUGAUCGACGGCCUGAGGAAGAUUGAUGCAAGUAGGGAGCAGGAGAGGAGAGAAAGAGAGGAAGAAGAGAGGGAGGAUAGGAGAUAUAAUGAUGAUGGUGACGACGACGAAGACGACGAAAUGACAUGA